AAAUUAGGAUUGCUAGGCACAAUGCACCAACUAUUCAGGCGCCGUGUCCGUAACAUAAAGCGCCGCGAUCAGUAUCCUGAUCAUUGACCACUACCUAAUAUUUGACGUUCUCUGUCUUUGUCAUUUUUACUUUCAAGCUGUUUAUUUCAUUUCACUUAUUUAUUUAUUUAUUCAUUUAUUUUAUCUUCUUUUUAUACCCUCUUUCACUUCCCGCUAGAAACGAAUAGCCAUAACAUCACGUAAUAUGCCUUCAUCCGAUGACACUCCUUUGCAAAGGACUCAAAAGGCCCCCAGCAUCAAAGAACCCAGAAAAGUCAACAGCGUCAAAGCAUACAUAUCUAUAGUCCUGCUAGCCGCCGUACCAUCCAUUAUUCUCUCAGCAGCAACCGCACUUCUCAUCGUCUUCACGUUCCGCAACCGCGUGACUCUUAGCGAUGGCGCAGGCGAACUACAGGUCCCCCAUCAGUCAGACAAUCUGUCUUUAAUUUCGAGGACUAUGACCGACUUUGUUAAAGAUGGGGGGACCAAUGCCUAUUAUGUCCGACUCAACCCAUCUACUCUGACUACAAUUGCUUCCAUUACUGGGAAAUUUGUCCCGUACCUAUCGAGCGCCAUCAUGGGACUAGUGGCACUUUUCGCUGCAGAUUUUGUUCUGAAAGCAUCGCAAAAGGAGCAGAAUGACAAGCUCCUGACGCCAAAUCAAUUGACGGUGCUGAUGGGUCUCUUGUCUGGUGGGUUGGUCGGGUUAUGGAAAGCUACCCGUGCUCGGGCGAACAUGGGAGGGAAAUUCGUAGCCCCAAUUUCAUAUACACUUGCCAUCUUCAUUAUCAUCACGGUCUUGAGUGUCCUUAUUCCAGCAGUUGAUACCUGGUUUGGCAUUGUUGUCAAGCCAAGCGAGCAAACACAACUAAACAUCACCGCCCCUUCAAACCACUCCUUCGGUCGAGGACUUUUACAGGGAAAUGACUGCAUUUAUUCUGGUUAUAAUUACCCAUGCGAUGCGUUGAAAGGAUAUGGGGCUGACGGCUCCUUUACACCAUAUAUUCCCGCCGACACUGAGGCUUUCAAAAUCUUAAACAAUAUUUCCACUAAGAAUAUUGUAUCUGAUCUCUCCUCAAACUCAUCACAGUCUCUCUUAUAUAUUUCAGAUGCAAGCUUGUCAUCAGACCUGGACUUUAAGGCGAGCGCAUUCGCCAUCUCUACAAAGUGCGACAUAAUGACCGUUCGAUGCUCAGAAGACAAUCGUGAAGUUUUCGACUGUCCGGGUGAUCUUUUAAAUCAGAUCACGCAAGUGACCAGAGUUGUUUUCCGCUUCUACAACGACUCGAGCCUGACGCACGCCAUUUCUUACCCCAAUUAUCCUUUCCAGAAUCCGUUGUAUUUCACCACCAACAUCUUAAUAGGGGAACUCCAUCAGCCGGAGCAACCCGACGUGCUGGAGGGCACGAUGCAAUUCGGCUGCUCCAGCACAAUUUUCGACACCACCUAUGCGUGGGUGGACGGAUCCAUAGCCCAAUUCAACAUGACCCCCGCGAAUGGCUCUCUCGGCGGCAUCAUGUCUGCCCCUUUCAUCAACGACAACGCCAACAUCUCACAGCAGGCCGUAAUCUCUUCUAUGGUCAGACUCAGCACCAACUUCUCGAGUGCUGUCCCUCUCACCGCAGCUGCUUUCUCUCACAGCGCGCUGGCACUAUCCUAUGUCGCAAUGGAGAGUCGAGUGAACGUGGUCGAGCAGUCCCGUUCAAGAGUGUUCCUCACACGGGUCCCAAUCAUACCAUUUUAUAUCUUGAUCGGGCUCAAUGCAUUGUAUGUCCUGUGUACAAUACUACUAGCUGCAGCUGCGAUGAUUCGAACGCACCCAAAGGAGUCGACGGCGGUAAAAUCACAGCUUACUAUGGAGGGAUUCAUGACGGCAGUCUUCAAAGGAGAGAGUGUCAAGGCUCAGACUCAAGUCUCAGAGACUUCGGAUGGGUCAUCAGACCAUACCGAGGUUGUUACCGAGGAAGUGCCAAGAAUUGCUAUUUUAAAGACAGACCAGGGCGAAUGGUCCUAUGCCACAGUAACGACACAUGGCAAUGGAGCGGUGGUGAAGUUUAUAUAGUUAAUUGGAUGUACUUAACUUUAGACAAGAAAAUAUGUAUUAUUAACAGACAAACACGCAAUCUUCUGUUUCGGC